GCUCAUUCAUUGGCUGCGAGGUUCUGACGUCAGUACGUAUAAUACGUCGACCUGAAUGCGGGAAAUCAACUUUUAAAGUGACGUGGGGCAGAGUCUGCGAGAUUGCUGGUUCCAACAACAUUUAUCGGAAGAAUAUCAAACCAGAGUUACACUAGACUCAUGUCCGGCAUAUUUUGGGGGGGUCCCUGGUGUCACACUUAAAGCCCCCCACUGCUCCGUCCUCCGCUCCUAGACUCCAUGGAACCUGAGGCGGUCGAGUCCGCCACAGUGGGGGUGGAGGUGGUGAACUCCAUCCGCGAGCGGACGAUCGCGGAGAACAGCAUGGUGGUCCUGCUGCAGGGGCUGCAGGGGGAGGUGACCACGGUGGACCUGAGGGACGAGAGCUCAGCUCGGGGGCUCGUGCUCAAUGUGGACGCCUUCAUGAACAUCCGUCUGAAGGAUGUGCUCUUCCUGGACCGGCGGGGGCAGACCGCCCAGCUGCAGGACCUGUUCAUCACCGGCAGAAACGUGCGCUACGUGCACAUCCCCGACCACGUGGACAUCAUGAAGACCAUGGAGAGCCAGCUGGCCAAGAUCCACCGGGUACGCAACUUCGCCGGCGAAGGCGGGGGCAGGAAGGAGUUUGGCGGGAGGAAAAAAUGACAAUUUGAUGGAAAUUUCUGGAGCUUCAGCCUAACCCCACCCUGAGGGUAACCCCUCCAACUGACGUGGAGACUGUCUUCAAAAACAGAUUUCACUACAAAAUGUUGAAAUAAUGGACAAAUUAAUGAAAUAUGCAGAUUUUUUUAAAACACUUUCAGCCUUAAAAUAAAGUUGUUUUGUUCCUGAUCUGUUGGGGAAAAAAAGUAAACUUAAAAAAUAAAUAUUCAUGUAAAUAUAAACAUUUGGACAAUUGAGUUUGAAGGAUGACAUGUUUAUCAUGUUAACAUUUAUUUUUGCUGGAAAUGAAUACAAAUAUAAUCGUAGUCCUUUUCUUAUUUAGCUCCAGCCAUCCUAAAACAGAAUGGAUUUGAUUGUUUUGACCCAUCUUAGUUGCCGUAAAAACUUUUCCUUUAAAAUUUUUGUGUAAAAUUAAAGCCAUUUGAAGCAAUUUUAUGCAUUUUUUUUAUUUAAUAAAAAUAUAGCUAAAACUUUAAGGUGUGAAUAAAGUGACCUGA